AGCGUCUCCUCUCGGCCCGGCCGUUCCUCCUCUUCUGCCAGCCGCUCGGUCCGCACCGGCUCGCGAGGGAACCGCUCGGGCACCGGCGCCCCAGCCCAGUGCGGACGACGGGAGAGAGGGAGGCGGAAGGAGGACGCGAUCGCUCGCCUGCUCCCAGACGUACCCGGGCUCCCAGAGCCGGCGCGGAGCCCAGGGGGAGGAGCCGCCGCGGGCACGCCCCGCCUCCGGCCCGGGAAGACGACCCCAGCGACCCCGCCGGCUGGCCACCGCCCCCCUCGCCGGCCGAGACCCGCCCCCGGCCCCGGCCCCUCCCGGCAGCAUGGAGGGGCCCAGCUCCUGACGGCCGUGCCGCCGCCUCGGCCCCCGCCCCUCCUCCCGGUCCCUCCCUCCUGUCCCCGCUCGCAUGUCCGCGCCGCCUUAGCCGAGGAUGCUGAGGAUGAAGCUGCCGCUGAAGCCGACGCACCCCGUGGAGCCGCCGCCCGAGGCGGAGGAGCCCGAGGCGGACGCGCGGCCGGGCGCCAAGGCGCCGCCGCGCCGCCGCCGCGACUGCCGCCCCCCGCAGCCGCCGCCCUCGGGCCAGCCGCGGGGCCCCCCUCCGCCGCCGCCACCGCAGCCGCCGCCCCGGGGGCUCGGGCCGCCUGUUGCUGGCGGAGCGGCGGCGGGGGCGGGCAUGCCGGGCGGCGGCGGCGGGCCCGAGGCGGCGCUGAGCGAGCAGGAGCGGGUGUAUGAGUGGUUCGGGCUGGUGCUGGGCUCGGCGCAGCGCUUGGAGUUCAUGUGCGGGCUGCUGGACCUGUGCAACCCGCUGGAGCUGCGCUUCCUCGGCUCGUGCCUGGAGGACCUGGCACGCAAGGACUACCACUACCUGCGCGACUCGGAGGCCAAGGCCAACGGCCUCUCGGACCCGGGGCCGCUGGCCGACUUCCGAGAGCCCGCUGUCCGCUCGCGCCUCAUCGUCUACCUGGCGCUGCUGGGCUCGGAGAACCGUGAGGCCGCCGGCCGCCUGCACCGCCUCCUGCCCCAGGUGGACUCGGUGCUCAAGAGUCUGCGCGCGGCCCGGGGCGAGGGCUCGCGGGGCGGCGCGGAGGACGAGCCCGGCGAGCGCGGUGAGGACGGCGAGGAGGACGCCGAGAAGGACGGCUCCGGCCCGGAAGGCAGCGGCGCCGAGCCCCGGCCCGGCGGCGGGCUGGGCUUCAGGGCCCAGGAGGAGCUGCUGCUGCUCUUCACCAUGGCCUCCCUGCACCCGGCGUUCUCCUUCCACCAGCGGGUCACCCUGAGGGGGCACCUGGAGAGGCUCCGCGCCGCGCUCCGCGGUGGCGCCGAGGACGCGGAGGUGGAGGCGGAGCCGUGCAACUUUGCCGGCCCCCGGGCCCAGAAUGACUCUGCUCAUGGUGAUUAUAUGCGAAGUAACGAGGCCAGUUUAACAGAACAAGCCCCAAUACCUCGUGAUGGACUCACUGUGGCACCUCAUAGAACCCAGCGAGAAGCUGUACACAUUGAGAAGAUAAUGUUGAAAGGAGUCCAGAGAAAAAGGGCUGACAAAUAUUGGGAGUACACCUUCAAAGUAAAUUGGUCUGAUCUUUCAGUCACAACAGUAACAAAAACCCACCAAGAACUACAGGAAUUUCUACUGAAGCUUCCAAAGGAGUUGUCCUCGGAGACUUUUGACAAGACCAUCUUAAGAGCCCUGAAUCAAGGCUCAUUGAAGAGGGAAGAGCGGCGGCACCCUGACCUGGAGCCCAUCCUGAGGCAGCUAUUUUCAACUUCAUCACAAGCUUUUCUACAGAGUCAGAAAGUACACAGCUUUUUUCAGUCCAUAUCAUCAGACCCUCUACACAGCCUCAAUAACUUACAGUCCUCUCUGAAGACUUCUAAGGUAUUAGAACACUUAAAAGAAGACAGCUCAGAAGCUUCAAGUCAAGAAGAAGAUGUGUUACAGCACACCAUAAUCCACAAGAAGCAUGCCGGGAAGAGUCCCCUUGUGAACGCUCUUGGUACAAGUUGUUCUCCAUUGGAUGGGCUCACCAUGCAGUAUUCUGAACAGAAUGGAAUUGUGGAUUGGAGGAAGCAAACCUGUACCACUGUUCAGCACCCGGAGCACUGUGCGGCCUUAGCUGACCAGCAAUCAACUGAAAAACGAAGUUUAUCUUCAAUAAAUAAGAAGAAAGGAAAGCCACAAAUAGAAAAGGAGAAAAUGAAGAAAACUGAAAACAGAUUGCAUAGUAGAAUAAAUGGCAUUCGAAUCUCCGCUCCUCAGCACGCCCACAGUGGUUCUGUGAAACAUGUGAAUUUGGACAUUGGAUCUGGACAUGACACAUGUGGAGAAACAUCUUCAGAGAGUUACAGUUCUCCGUCAAGCCCACGACAUGAUGGAAGAGAAAGUUUUGAAAGUGAAGAAGAAAAAGACAGAGACACAGACAGCAAUUCUGAGGAUUCCGGAAAUCCGUCAACGGCCAGGUUUACAGGUUAUGGUUCUGUCAACCAGACUGUCACUGUCAAGCCACCCGUUCAGAUCGCUUCACUAGGAACUGACAGUGCAAACCUCUUAGAAGAUCCCUUAAACUCACCUAAGUAUCAGCAUAUUUCUUUUGUGCCCACUUUGCACUGUGUCAUGCACAAUGGUGCCCAGAAGUCUGAGGUGGUCGUUCCUCCGCCCAAAUCUGCUGAUGGCAAAACAGUCGGGAUGCUUGUCCCUAGUCCUGUUGCUGCUUCUGCAAUAAGGGAGUCCACGAACUCAACCCCUGUCGGAAUACUGGGGCCGGCAGCUUCUACUGGAGAGUCAGAAAAGCACCUUGAAUUACUGGCGUCCCCUUUACCUAUUCCAUCAACGUUCCUUCCACAUAACAGUGCACCUGCUUUGCACCUCACAAUUCAGAGGCUAAAAGUGCCGCCGCCGCAGCAGGGAUCUUCCGAGAGUUGCACAGUGAACCUCCCACAGCAAGCAACCGGGAGUCUGAGCAUCGGAUCACCAAACACUGCCUUUAUUCCUGUCCAUAACCCAGGUAGUUUUCCAGGAUCUCCUGUUGGUACCACGGACCCCAUCACAAAAUCUGCAUCCCAAGUGGUAGGACUAAAUCAAAUGGUGCCUCAAAUUGAGGGAAACACAGGGACCAUCCCUCAGCCUGCCAAUGUGAAGGUAGUUCUUUCAGCAGCCGGCCUCUCGGCCACACAGCCACCAGCUUCCUACCCCUUGCCAGGCUCUCCCCUCCCUGCCGGGGUGUUACCCAGCCAGACUUCCAGCGUGCUCAGUACGGCGGCCACAUCUGCCCAGUCAGCGGGUGCAGGCAUCAGCCAGGCCCAGUCGACGGUCCCUCCCGCGGUUCCUACCCACACCCCCGGCCCCGCCCCAAGCCCGAGCCCUGCUUUGACACACAGCACCGCACAGAGCGACAGCACGUCUUACAUCAGUGCUGUGGGCAACACGAACGCUAAUGGGACAGUAUUGCCACCACAGCAGAUGGGCUCAGGUCCUUGCGGUUCUUGUGGGCGAAGGUGCAGCUGUGGGACCAAUGGAAGCCUUCAGCUGAGCAGUUACUAUUAUCCUAAUCCAAUGCCCGGACCAAUGUACCGCGUCCCGUCGUUCUUCACUCUGCCAUCCAUCUGCAAUGGCAGCUACCUCAACCAAGCACAUCAGAGCAAUGGAAACCAACUUCCUUUUUUUCUGCCUCAGACUCCAUAUGCAAACGGACUGGUGCAUGACCCCGUCAUGGGGAGCCAGGCCAACUACGGCAUGCAGCAGAUGGCGGGGUUCGGGAGGUUCUACCCCAUGUAUCCAGCACAUAACGUGGUUGCCAACACGAGCGGGUCGGGGCCCAAGAAGAAUGGGAACGUUUCAUGUUACAACUGUGGUGUAAGCGGACACUAUGCGCAGGAGUGCAAGCAGUCGUCCAUGGAGGCCAGUCCACAAGGCACUUACAGACUGAGAUACGCACCUCCCCUCCCCCCUUCUAAUGAUACGUUGGAUUCUGCAGACUGAAACAAGUAAAGCUUGCCUACUUAAUACACUGAAGUGUGGGGAGUCAUGGUUGGGGUGUGGAGGGGAGGAAAGGAAAGGUAUUUUGUUUGUGUUUCUUUGUUUAUACAUUUCCUAGAUUUCUAUGCAGUUGGGAUUUUUCCUUUCUCUUGUACCAAUGUCCAAAACAAAAAAGAAUGCAUUGCUUUUGAGCCUCUGGUCUCCUGGUUCAACAACAGGCUUAUCUAUGUGAUAACAUGUAAUUUAAACAUCCAAACAAACUAUCAAAAAGAAAAUGUUGAUGCGUGCUUUUUUUUUUUUACACUGAAUACUUGCUGUGUGCAAUGUUUACUGAAUCUUUAAAACUGUGUAUUUGACCUUUUUUAGUAACACUGGUGACAGUCAUAUGGUUUUGCAAAAAAAACUUUGCUUCUUCCCCAGCUUUUCUCACUUUCGUCUCAAACUCUGCUUUUCUCCCGCACCCUCACUCUUUCCAGUGGCUGCAGGAGUGCACUGUUCACACUUUGUAAACUGCUCUGCAUAUAAAUCGAGGGUAAAAUGUUUCACCUUAAUCAUAAAGGAGAAUCAGACUUCCAAAAUAGUGUGUAUAUAUGUAAUAAACAGCACCACGUAAAUACAUAUAUGCAGCGCUUGUCCAAAUAAAAAUUAAAAUAAGUGGAAGAGAGAGGAAAAAGUAAAACCAUAUGCAACUGAAAAUAUGACAUAUGAAGUGGACAAAGAGCUUUUUCUUUAAAAAAAACAAAAAACAAAAACAACUUUUUACUUCAUCAUACUUUUUUAGCCUGUUGCUUCAGAGAGACAUAAAGUGAACAAACUAUUGUGAGUGUGGUUCUUCUGUGUUUGUGUUUGUACUGAAAGUCAACAGCCAACUUUAUGUGUAGUCUACCACUGUGUCAUGUAAAAGAGACACUUGAGUCAAGAUUUCUUCUCCUACACCAACUGUUACAGUGUUUGUUGUGUUUAAAAUGUGUAUGGUUUAUUGCAAUCUGAACAGAAGCCCUGCGUUUCUACAAAAGUCAGGUAUUUGUUCCCUAACCUGUCUCUCGUAGCAAGUCACUUUUUAUAACAGUUUUACCACUAUGCUUGAUUAUAAUGUGAAAGACUGAAUUCUGAGUGUGUUAAGAUGGUAUUAAUCAUGUCAGUGUCACAUCACUAAGUUUAAUGCUGCUGUUUAAAACAAAAAGUUUUUUUUAAGCCAAUCUAUGUACUAAAUUGCUUCCAGGUAAUUUUUGAUUUCCUAAAGUGCACUGAGGUUAUCUGGAAGACGGGGUGCAGGUUUGGGCUGCUGCCUUCCAACAGCAACGAGCAACUACCACUGUAGAGUCGCAGGUUCAGGGCUUGGGCUUGGGUUUGUUGCCCCAGCCUCAGCACAGAGCAGAAACGACAGAUGUUGGUUGUGUGGGGUCACGUUGGUGUGCAGCAGGGGAACUUAAAUAUUUGUCUUGUUCAGAAGCCGAACAGAUUGCCAGACAAAAGGAAACACUUGAAGAAAGAAGCUUCAUGUAAUGCUUCAUAGGUAGAAUUUAUAUUUAUAGCACCAUUGUACAUUUUUAAACCUUCUUUCAGGGGUGGGAGAUGAAGGGGAAGGGGGGGUGUGAAGGGGAAGGGGGGGUGUGAAGGGGUAGAUGAAAGCUUUAAUUUAAAAAAAAAGUUCGAGUAAAGGAAAUUAUUUUGAUUAAAUAUAUUUUAUUUGAUCUGGGUAUUUUUGGACCACAUUAUUAAAUUAAUUGUUAAGCUGCAGUUGAGUUGUUCAAGUGAGAGUUUCGAUAAGCCCCAUACAGACCGCAUUGUGAAUCACUUGCCAGUUGUACUUUAUGGAGCUUAUUUUAUGAUUUAAAGACUGUACUGUACAUAGGAGGUAUGUUACCUUCUCCUUAUUUGUAUGUUUACCAUAUACUUUGAUAUUUGAAAUGUUAUGUACUGGAAAGGCCACUUAUAUUUCUAGAACAGAUUGGAUUUUAUGCAAACUUUUUUCCUUGAAUUAACAGCAAUAAAAAAAAUGAAA